CGCAUGCUCAGUAACUGCACUGUUGUUAAUUGACUUUUCUUCUCUUCCAGUCAUUGCAUCAAUGGCUUUGAUCCGUGUUCUAAACACAGCUCUGCUGUCUUUGCAACAAACCCUGAGAAAUGGCCCUCAUCUGCAACACAGCGGGGCUUGCAGGCUUCUAUCGUCUUCAAUGCCUGCCUCAGAGAAAAAGACAGAACCCAAAGAAAGUAAAGGUCCCACCUUUAACUGGCAAGAUGCCCUUAAUUUGGAAAGUCAACUGACAGAAGAAGAAAUUCUGAUCCGUGACCAAUUUCGGGAUUAUUGUCAAGAAAAACUUAUGCCUCGUAUAUUACUGGCCAACAGGAAUGAAGAUUUUGACCGUGAAAUAAUGAAUGAAAUGGGAUCAUUAGGUGUUCUUGGUCCGACAAUCAAAGGUUAUGGAUGUGCUGGUGUUUCAUCUGUAGCAUAUGGUUUGAUUACAAGAGAAUUGGAAAGAGUAGAUAGCAGUUACCGUUCAGCAAUGAGUGUCCAGUCAUCCCUGGUGAUGCACCCCAUCAAUGAAUACGGAACCGAAGAACAGAAAGCCAAAUAUUUACCAAAAUUAGCAACUGGAGAGCUGAUUGGUUGUUUUGGUCUGACAGAACCAAAUCAUGGAAGCGAUCCAUCUUCAAUGGAAACGGUAGCUAGAUAUUCUCCUUUAGAUGACACAUAUAUUCUAAAUGGAUCCAAAUCCUGGAUUACCAGUUCCCCGAUUGCUGAUGUGAUGGUUGUAUGGGGAAAGUCAAAGAGUCACAAUAACAGGAUUAAAGGUUUCAUUCUGGAGAAAGGUAUGCCCGGUUUGACAGCACCAAAGAUCGAGGGCAAAUUCUCACUGAGGGCCAGCAUUACUGGACAAAUCGUAAUGGAAGAUGUUGUUGUGCCAAGCUGCAACCUUCUCCCUGCUGUUUCUGGUCUCAAAGGUCCAUUUGGAUGUUUGAACAAUGCUCGUUAUGGCAUUGGAUGGGGGGUUCUUGGAGCAGCAGAGUUCUGUCUUGAAACAGCACGACAAUACACAUUGGACAGGAUCCAGUUUAGCUCUCCACUGGCUAAGAACCAGUUGAUGCAGAAGAAAAUGGCUGAUAUGUUAACAGAGAUCAGCCUUGGACUUCAGGCUGCCAUCCAGGUUGGUCGACUGAAAGAUGAAGGAAAGUAAGUGGACGGCUCUUGAAAAGCAUCAA